AUUCACUCUAUCUGGUCUCCCACAGUACAUAGAACAUGGUAAUGCAAUUAUUUUAGUAAAUAUAAACUACUAAAUACCUUUUUUCUUCUAUCAGUGUUCAGCCAAGUACUAGCUAAAGCUUGUAGGAGUUUUCUUUCUGCUCUAGGAUGCAAAAACCCCUGACCUCUGUAUGACCAGUGCUCAUUGGCCCUGUGCUGAUCACAUGCUCUCUCCCAAGAAGAAGAAAAAAAACUUUCUAGCAAUACACACCAAACUGAGCAUGUGCAAAAUGCCUACAGUUCAGUCUGCCUUAUCAGGAGAUAAGAGGUGGUCGCUUGAAAAAGGGGAGGAACAGAGAAGAAAGGAUCAAAAGGCCUUUAUACACAAUGCAGAGGAUUAACCCCUUAUGUUCCACACUGAGUAUAACAAGCAUGCUUUACUGCAUAUACAAACUGAUUUUACUGUUGUGGGUUUAG